GAUCCUGCAGCGGCGCGGCGGCACUAAUCUGAUUGUGAGCUUACCUGGGAUUUUGAAGACUGCUUCUUUGCUUCUAUUCAACUUGAGUCGGCUUUGAAAGUCAAAUUCAAUCUCCAAAGAUGGGUAGUGCAACAUACUAUUUGGCUGUUGGAGUAGGACUUGCCUGUGUUGUCAUAGGAACGUUGAAAGUUGCCCCAAUUGAACCCGCUCAUGGAAACCUGGUGUCUUACAUGCACAAGUUUGCGGGAGUCUUCCCACUUCGCGCUGUCGGCUUCCAGCCAUCGGGUGCCAUGUACUGCGCCAUGACUGCCGUUCUGGACAUCUUCUGUGGCGCUCUCCUGGCAUAUGGCCGCUACGACUGGCCCGUCAUCAGUGGUUUCGUCCUCCUUGCCAUAUCAGCCCUCUACAUCCACGGCAUGCUUGCUCUAAGUGCACCGAUGGUAGACUUCUUCUUUCCGGUGCUUCUCACCGUUCUACUGGUGCUGCUGUUGUUUGGACGCAACGGACUCUGGGCGGGACGCGGAAAGGUCCAUCUUGCCUAAGCUCCCAUCAUUAGAGUGAAGAACGAGUGCCCCUCGUGGUCUUGUAUGGGUGCACUUGUACCCCACCAUCUAUAUACCAAAGUCUUGACGGGUUAAGGGAAUUUAUUUAAGCAUCUAUUUGAAUACCGUGAUCAAUUAUUGUAUUUUUCAUUUGCAGUGGAUAAGGUCAGGUCUGUUUAUUCCAGUCAAACAUCUUGCACCUUUGCCCAUAACACAAAAGUUACACUAGAAUUGAAAUUUGAAAGAACAAUUAUGAUUAGUUGUUUGAGAGUAUGGCAAAUACUUUUUGCAUUAAACAAUGCUUUUGGUUGGGCAUUGUCAUUUACCAGAACUUUUGCAAGCUAUUGUGUUAUAGGGUCAGCUUUCUAAAAAAGGAAGGCAAAGUUGUGUAUUUGCAAAGUUGAUAAGUUUUCCAAUGUAUUCGUGCACAGUGUGUCAGUGUGUCUGUUAUAAUAAUAAUAAUAUCACCUUUGAAUUGAGACAAAAUUAAUAGAUGAAUAUUCUCAUUUGAUGAAAUAUUUGACUGAAUUUAUAAACACAGAUUAGGGCUUCACUUUAAACUGAAUAACAUUUUGAAGGAAUAUAAUUCAGAUUUUAGAAAUUCCUCAUGGAAUUAUAUUCAAUAAUUUGUCACUUCCAAUUAGGCCUACUUCCAAUGUAUUGGCAAUUUACAAAAUCAAUGUUAUAAAUGAAAUGUUUGCAGCAAACCAGAAUAUUAUGCUACAAUGUGUGUAGUUAUUAUUCUGGAAGCAUGACUGCUGCAUUCCACUUAAGUUAGUAUGUUAGUAUGCACAAUGUAGUAAUAUACAAAUAAUGCACAGCAUUGAGGGCAUUAGCAAGAAAUAUGCACACCUGGUACCUUUGGAACAUAAUAUACAUGUACGUUAUAACCAUGGGCAUUUGGACUGUUUAAAAGUAGCAAGUGUGUGCAAUUAUUCUAUUGCCUCUGCAAAAUGAUGUGCAUUAUUUGUUUUAUAAGGUAGUAGUGUGGAUACUUUGAUACCAUCCUCAUCUCAAAAUUAAACCAGUCAAAAGAACUAGUCAUAAGUUCCAUUAUGGCGCAGUCACAUGUCGCCUACGAUGACUGUUCGGUGAGUUGAAAACAGCCGUUUUUAUCAUUUUUGUACCAGCUUUGUGUUUGUGGUUCGUACAGAAAUCCGUAAAACCGCUGCUUUCAGCUCAUCUGUGUUGGCACCGUAGUGGAAAUGACUGCAGGAUUAGCAACUUCUAUAAUAUGACUGGUCAUAUGAUUGAUAUCAGCCAAUCAUAUUACGAUUCACACCAUCAUUUUAUAACAGUAGUUACUGAAUAGAAGAUAGAAGAAAUCGCAUAUGAUUAGAAUUAUGUGAUGUGACAGUAUGUGAUGUGACAUGUUUUGAUUAGCAGAUGUUAGCAAACCAAUUUGUUUUAGCACAUAGCAAGUUUAAUGUAAGGUAGUAAUUGUGUGUACAAUGAAGUAGGACUUCAUCAGUAAUCUUGUAUUUUGUUGGUUGAUGUGUAUAUUUAGCAUUCUUUAUUUUUAUGACUUUUUGAUAAAGGAAAUUGGACUCGGGUAACAUUGAAUUUGAAUGGUGUUUAUAAAACAUCAAAGUAUUUUUUUUAAGUACACUUAAUCAUGUAUUGGUAAUUGGUCAUUGAUAUUUCAUUUGAAGAUCAUUCAAUCCUAUUUUGUAUUUAAUACAUAAAUACUAGUAGUGUGUACCAUUUAGAGAAUGUGAUUUGGACAAAUUGAAAUGGUUAUAAAUUGUAUGUAGCUCAUCACUGGACAUAUCAAAGCAAUUCAGGAAAAUUGUUAGAAAAUAGUACAAGUCAAGUCAAGACUAUUCUAUACUACAUGUAUGUAUUUCAUUCAAACAUAAGUUAUGUCAAUUGUUCUAUGCAACAUUUUCUAUUGGUAAGAGUGCUCAUCAUUAAAGUAUAGUAGAAGAAGGGAUGACAGGGUUAAUGUAUUCAGUAUUACUUUAAAUCAUAUAUGCCAAAAUAUUGCAUUGGUUGUUCAUACCAUGCAAAACAGUAAAAGAAAUUUGGUGAAACUGUACUUUUUUGUUUUGAUUUUAAAAUAGCCAGUGUUGACAUGUAAAACAAAAUCAAGGGUGGUACCAGGUUUUGUUAGGGGGGGGGCCUCAAGGUGAAAACUUUCUCUCAAUUUAAUAAUUAAGGUAAUUAGAAGUAGAUAAUUUACCUAUACCUCUCAUUUUGCCACUCUUUUUUCCCCUCCCCCUUUUCUUACCUUUUUUUCUUCUACAUAGAGGGCGGUGACCCAGCAGUCACACCCCCCCCACAAACCCUCUGUAGUGCCACCCCUAAAUUUGUGAACUUUAUAAAAUAUGGUGCCUUCCAAGUUCCAGGUGAUUGUUAGAGGGAAGGUUCAGUCUUGAGUGUGGCAAUGCAUUUUUCAAUCCGACUAGAAGCACACAGCACCAAUGGAAAGUCUCUGCACAAGAGAUGAAUGUUAAUAAUGUUCAAGUGAUGAUGAUCCACAACAAUAUGCAAAGACUUUCGGUUGGUGCUAAAGUCUUGUGACUUCAAAGGAUAUGGUACUCUACAAGUGAUGUGAUAGGUGUACACUUGUAUUUAACUGACAUGUGGUGCAGAAGUCACCAACUGAUUCAUGGAUCCCGAGUUCAAGCCCGGUCCACGUCUUUUGGACAGUGGCAAGUCUGUCCCAAGACCGUCAGCACAUAAACAAUCCACAUCCAUUGUUUGUCUCUCUACAUCUUGGGAAUCUUUUCUAUUUUGUCAUUUUGAAAAGUGCAGAGUAUGCCAUGCCCUUCUACAUACAAAUGUUACCAAGAUGUGUGAUAUUAGUCUCAGGUUCAGCUGUUUUUGUAUUUAACAUUCCUAGCCUUGUGAUCAUUUUUAUAUCCCAUUUUUCUACCAUUUUAUUUAUACCUGUGUUUAGUGUGCUUAUGGUGUCAAUUGUAUUUUUUUCCUAAUAAACUAUAACUUCCUAGAA